AUGGCAUGCAUGUCUACACUUCAAUCAUCUACAUACGGUGAUCAUCUAUCCCCUCGUGACCUCCAUACAUCAGUCACCGUGUCGCCUCUUCGCUCAACUUCGUACAUCGUGGACCCCUCCAACCUCUCCAUCUCUCGAGAGACCCCCACCUCCAGACCUCUGACACGACGUCUGCUUGGGCUGCGCCGUACCAACACGAUGCCCGCCCCAAUUGACAUCUCUGAUCCUCUCGCCAUGUCGCGCGACCUUUACGACGACGAGAUGCUCGUGGUCAACGACUUCGAGCGUCACGCAGGCCACUGCAACAUCUGCGCCAACCCAGCCGAGACUCACAGGAACAACCGCCCCCUCUGCCCCAGAGGAACAAUCUACGCUCGCGCCGUCGCGGGCUACCUGAACAGCCGGAACGGCAAGUACUACUCCUCGGUAGACGACGAGAGCGGCCGCUCCACUCGCGUCAAGCUUCCACGCAACGCCUCCGCCCUCCGCAGCCUCCUCGCUGCCCUGGAGCAGGGCCUGAGCAUUCGCGACAAGCCCAUCAUUGUUCAGCCUGUCCAGCCUGUCCAGCCCGUCCAGCCUUCUCAGUCCCUCCCCAUCAGCUACGACCGCACCUACCACAUCCCAGCCCGCGGAGCCAGCAGCCUUCGUCCUCGCUCCAUGUCCCCAGAGACCUACCAGAUCAUCGAGCGAGCCCCCCGUCUCUCGCGCUCCCCAACCUCAAUCAUGUACCGCUCCCCCGGCGGCUCCCCAAGCCGUCCAACCUCCAGCCGUGGCUCUCUCUACGACUCCGACCACCAAGAGCGUGGGGAGCGUCGCACAGAGACGACCCGCCGCUACGUCCAGGGCACCCGCUACCACCGUUGA